AGCAGCAGGGGUUAUGCACGCAGCACGUGUGAAGAGAGGCUGACGUUCGGACUUUCUGCCUCGUGUCCCUCCCAACGCUUUGGGCCUCCCUUACAACCCCUCCCUUGACCCACGGGAAAGCACUCUGCUGCGCAUGCUUGUGAGAAGGGGGGCAGAACCUCGCCAAAAGGACAGCGGCGUUUUGAGAAAGCUUGCAACCCGAAGCAGCUCUCUGAAAACUUCCUCGGCAAGUCAAAAGUCCGACUCCUUCCGCGCCAGAGAGAGAGGAAGUUGUCCGUCGGCCACCGGGGAGCAGGACUCGGGAGGCGCUGACCGACAGGGGAAUUGGCGGGCGCCGCCGAGCCAAGCCCGGCGGCUGCAAUGCGGACUCCCGGCCUGCCCGGCUGAGGGAGGCGCUGCGGCGGGAGGCCUCGGCCCCUGGCGGGCGGGGGUGUGUGCCGGCGCCGGCUGGUCUCCUCCCCUCCUCAUCCGCCGGCGGGGCCGCUGCUCGCUCCCUCCCUCUCUCCCUCCCUGCCGGGCGGUCCUGGCGUUGCCAGAGGCCGCCGCCGCCGCCACCACCACCACCGCUCGGUGGGGUCUGGACGGGGGAGGCGAGCCGCCGCCAUCGCCGCCAUGAAGGAAUGCGAGUAUCGGCAAAUCCCGCCGGGCACGCCGGCUGCGCCGCCUUCCUCGGAGCCGGCGGCCGUAGCCUCGGCAGCAGCAGCAGCAGCAGCCGCCCCGACUCCGGCGCCCCGGCCCCGCCGCAAAUGGGAGGUCUUCCCCGGGCGGAACCGCUUCUACUGCGGCGGCCGCCUGAUGCUGGCGCGGCACAGCGGCGUCUUCCUCCUCACGCUCGGCCUCAUCGUGGUCACCAGCGGCCUCUUCUUCGCCUUCGACUGUCCCUUUUUGGCUCAUAACUUGACCUUGGCCAUUCCUGUCAUUGCUGGCAUCUUGUUCUUCUUUGUCAUCAGCUGCUUGCUGCAGACCAGCUUCAGAGACCCCGGUAUCCUGCCCAGAGCCACCCCCAGUGAAGCUGCAGACCUGGAGAAAUGGAUAGACAGUCUGGGCACCUCCACCUAUCGGCCGCCUCCCCGCACUAUGGAAAUUGUUAUAAACAAGUACAUGGUGAAGUUGAAAUACUGCUACACGUGCAAAAUGUUCCGUCCUCCCAGGACCUCCCACUGCAGUGUCUGUGACAACUGUGUAGAGCGGUUCGAUCACCACUGCCCCUGGGUGGGCAACUGUGUGGGGAAGCGCAACUAUCGAUUCUUCUAUGCCUUCAUACUCUCUCUCUCCUUCCUAACCGCCUUCAUCUUUGCUUGUGUCAUCACCCAUCUUGCUCUGCGCUCCCAGGGAAGUGACUUCAUCACUGCUUUGAAGACAACACCAGCAAGUGUGUUGGAACUUGUGAUCUGCUUCUUCUCAGUCUGGUCUAUUUUUGGCCUCUCAGGGUUUCACACUUACUUAGUUGCCUCCAACUUGACAACCAAUGAAGAUCUCAAAGGGGCAUGGUCAAAUAAAAGAGGCUCUGAAUUUGCCAAUCCUUACAGCCAUAAAAGUGUCCUCACCAACUGCUGUGCAGUGCUCUGUGGACCGUUCUAUCCCAGUUUAAUAGACAGAAGAGGAUUUAUCCAGGCAGAUGCUGCGACCCCAUCCACGCCCAAGAGUGAACUCCCUUCCUUUGGAACAAAAUCUGAUGCCAGCAUGGUAUGAGCCAACCUUUAGCAGUGCUGAUCCCUAAUCCUGUGCCUAUGCCUGCCUCCAGCGGGUGCCUCUCCUCCACUUCCCAUUUCCUGGGCUCAGGCAGGAUAGCCUGGUGGGGCAGAGCUGCUAAGCUCCUGUCCAAACCAUCUGCCCUUGUCUCUUGGUUUGGUUUUUAUACAGUGGGACUUACCUGGACAUCACGGACUGUUGCACCUGAGCCUCUAGACAGGCCUUGCUGUUAUGUAGCAACUGCUUAAAGGGGGGAGAGCCAUGGAUCGGGAAAAGUCAGCUUCUUGAGAACCAUCUAUUUUCAAAGGGUCUGUUCCAGCCACCUGUAGGGAUUGGUUAAAAAGGGCAUAGUAAUUUCCAUGUGGAGCUGGUACAGAGUGUGUGGAGCAAAAUUUAUCACCCCUGAACUGCACUUCAGAUUACUGUUCCUUAAAGUUUCUUUUCAGUGAAAAGCAGACAGCGUGAAGUUCCUGCCACUUUCUGUGAGCAUUGCAAUGGAGUCUUAGUGCUUGCCUAAAUGGCAGCAUGAGAGAGGAGCCAGUGGAGACCGAGCAUUCCUUGCCCUGGCCACAAGUGUUGCUUCCUGCGUUGCAGCUGGUUGGCCUGAGAUGACUCUCCCGUUCCCCACUUGUGGGAGAGAAGAGGACUGCUAAGCAGAGAGGAUCCCCAAGAAUGCUCAUGAACCAGUUUACUGGAUCAGCUGCAGAUCAUGGUUUCUCACUUUGGGAAUUGACCCAGAGUGGCCCUUGGUGGCUUCCGUUGAAUUAGGGCUCUGUUGCAGAUUGAACUCAGUCCCGUAAGGUUCUUUAAUAGUUGGAAGGAAGUUAAGCAAACCAGCAUGAGAUUGUUAAAUGAUGUGAAUGGAGGCAGCAUACCUGAUGCAUAUGGAUCACAGAAUUAAUGUGGGAGUGAGAGAUCUCUCACGACCUUUUAACCAAAGGCUGUGUCCAAGGAUGAAUCCAGAGAGAUUUGGCUUGGAUUCUUGACCAGUCACUUAAAGAGGGAAAGGAGUUCUUCCUAUUGGAACUCCUCUUGUAGUGCCUGCCAUCCUGCUAUACGAGCCCUUAUUGGAAUGUUAAGAAGAUGUUAAGAAAUACUUGAAACGUGUUUAUUAAAAGCUGCUGGGUAUUUUUGCACACAUUUUGUAGACUUUUCUAAUAUUCUUUGAAAAGAUUUUGCUGUAGAUAAACCUGUGUCACAAGUUCAAGUUUAGAUUUUUUUUUUUAUAGCAUUGGAAUUUGGAAAUAACUGCAUAUACAAAAUAUACCCUGGCCUUCACUGGUGGAAAGUUGGGGAGCCUGUAGGACCCAGGGAGAUUAGAUCUUCCUUUGUUACCUCUAGCAGCUUGAAGAAACUACGGUUUGUGAGAAACAGAAUUAGCUUUUGGUCUCAAAGGGACAGUUCAAACAUAUGAGUGUGCCUUUCUCUACCUUAUUCCUGCAGAGGAUCAGAAAAGCAUGAGCAGCAUUGGGUCAAUUUUUAAAAAAACCAAAUCAGACCUGGAAUCAUUGAGGUCAAUAUUGCAGGAAUUUGCCUAAAAGGUGUAAGUUAGGAAUUGGACAAUGAACAAAUCUUUCCUUCAACUUCUUCCUACAUGCUCUUCAGGGCUGUGUGUUUCAUCCAUCCUCCGUUUGCAGUAGUUCCACACCCCCUUCAGCAGAAUGUUCUUGAACCUGUCACUUACAAGAGGUCUGUGGCAGACUAUCUCUCUUGACCACAGACAGUUUACAGCUCUUCAUGAGCCUAUUCCAAGGUUGGCUGGUGAGGAGAAAGUUUUCCAGCCCUUUUGAAAGGGAUUUUCAUAGUUCCUCACUGCUUGUAUGCUGAGGAUGAUGCUUACUGUUCUCAGUCUCACAUGCUUUGUUAGUUAGAAUUUAUCUUCCACUCAUAAGAAGCAGGGAUGAGAGUGUUAAUAGAAGGGAAACUCCUGAACUCUUAUUUGGACCCAUGUCCUGAGCUGAAGCUCAGGUGAUUCAAGGUUCACAACCACUAUGGCAUUUACAUUCCUCUGUUUUUGUUUUGUUUUUUGGUUUUAUCAUUGGCAUUUGCUGGCUGCACCAUUUGUUUGCCUGACAAAUUCAGACUGUUAUGAUGAGGAUGGAGAAGGGCGUGUAACUAGCCCUCUCUGGAAUUUGCAUCUGUAUUUAGACCAGCUCAGAUACUGGAACAUUCUGAUGUGGACUAGCAACUUGCACAGCAUAGAAGCAUGAUGUGCAGAUAUCACAUCUGGUAGAGCUGCUUGAUUUGCAUAUGUUCUGCUUGGAGGAGUUUGAUUUAUUCAUAGUGCAGAAGUGUAAGGUUUGAAGUAAAAAAAGAAAAGAGAAAAGCCACCCCUGCAUCUUAGUGGCCUUCUUCCCUGUAUGGCCUUCUGUAUGACCUUCCCUGUAUGGCCUGAGGAUUAUCUUCUGCUAAAUAUAGGACUCUCUAGCUUCUGGGACAUCAUUGCCAUAGCGGUCCCAAGAGUUGUGCAGGCUGGUACAUGGGACAGGUGCUUGUGUCUUGUGCCAUUUAGACCCAUGCCAAACCCAUGGGCGGGGUCAGGGCAUUCCCUUGAUAACAACAGCCUCGGGCCUUGGUGUUGAGGCUGCAGUGGCACUUCUGCCCCGAGAGACUCCUACAGUGAGUGGUGCUGAGAAUGUCUCUCUCUGCUGUCAUCCUGCACUUUCUGAACAGCUGCUCUUCCCAGCAGAACGAUGUUAACCAUCCCAUUUGUGAUGGAGCAUCCAAAGGUAGUCUUCCCAGUUGUGCCUCUGUGGCUGGACAGUGGACGGAGCCCAAAUGUCCGCUUCGUUUUAUGUAUAGCUUUCCAGGAACAGAAUCAUGAAGGAGUGGGAGAAAAUGCCUGACAUAUAAGCCAAACAGUCAAUUUGUAGCCUAUUCAGUCUCACCCUCUUAUUUCCCGAGGGGUAGCCUCAUACACAUUUAAGGGAAGACAGCUGUUUUUGUUGAGGGAAAGGUCAAGCCAUCCUUCAAUACACUGUUGUAUUCAUAAAGCUUUGUGGGGCAGGAAGGAGGGGGGGACUACAGCAGUGUUACAUUUGUGCAGGGAGACGCUCUUGUGGCUAAGCCAGUUUCCUUUGUUGUUGUUUUGCUUUUGUAAUAAAAUUUAUUUUUAAAGAGUU